GAAUGCUCGGAUAUUCACAUCGGUGCGGUAGGCCACGACAUCCACGACUGCCGCGGCCAGUCGAGCGGGGCCCGCAAGGGCUCCCACUCGUGGAUAAAGGCCUCCAUCAACGACGUGCUCGUGCCAAUCGAGUCGUACCACAUGUUCGACCCGUUUGGCCGCCGGGUCAAGCACGAGACCCGGUUCAACUACGACCGAAUACCCGCCGUAGUCGAGCUCUGCAUCCAGGCUGGCGCCGAGGUCCCCGGUUACCCGUCUCGAAGGAGAACCGAGCCCAUAAGAAUGCUCGGGAAAAAAAUUCUCAACCUAACCCACGAGCCCGAGCCUAGUAACUCUCCCGGCCCGCUAGCUGCGGAGCUCGACACGUAUCGGGCCUUGGAGAGGUUUCCGGGCCCAAACGGGCCCGAGAUGCUCAGGAUCUCACAGGAGACUCUCGACGCGUAUAUGAAGGUGAAGAGAGGGGUGACGAGGCUGAUGGGGAAGUACAGUGUGAAAGCGUGCGGGUACUGUCCGGAGGUGCACGUGGGCCCGUUUGGCCAUGACGCGAAGCUUUGUGGGGAGUUUAAGCAUCAGUGGAGAGAUGGGAAGCACGGGUGGCAGCACGCGACUGUGGAUGAGGUUUUCCCACCGAAUUACGUGUGGCAUGUUAGUGACGUGGAAGGCCCGGCGCUGGCGAAUGCGCUCAGGAGAUUCUAUGGGAAGGCUCCGGCUGUGGUGGAGCUGUGCGUGCAGGCGGGUGCUCGUGUGCCUAAUGAGUAUAGGGCGAUGAUGAGGCUCGAUAUUGUGCUGCCGGAGGAUGAGGAAGCUCGUUUGGUGGCC